AUGGCGCAUCCUAAAGUUUUCUUCGACAUGACCAUCGAUGGACAACCGGCGGGACGGAUCGUGAUGGAGUUGUACACCGACAAGACUCCGAAGACGGCUGAUAACUUCCGAGCUCUGUGCACCGGCGAGAAAGGCGUCGGACGCAGCGGGAAGCCGCUCCACUUCAAGGGAUCUUCGUUUCACCGCGUGAUCCCUAAUUUCAUGUGCCAGGGCGGAGAUUUCACCGUCGGGAACGGGACGGGAGGCGAAUCGAUCUACGGAGAGAAGUUCGCGGACGAGAACUUCGAGAGGAAGCACACCGGAGCUGGUAUUCUGUCGAUGGCGAACGCGGGUCCCAACACGAACGGAUCUCAGUUUUUCAUCUGCACCGUCAAGACUGACUGGCUCGACGGGAAGCACGUCGUGUUUGGUCAGGUGACCGAAGGCCUGGACGUCGUCAAGGCCAUCGACAAGAUCGGAUCAUCCUCUGGAAAGCCGACGAAGCCGGUGGUUAUCGCCGAUUGCGGUCAAAUCUCUUAG